CCAGCCUCACAGCCGCAACCGGUAGCAUCGGUAACCGAAGUGACCUAUCCAAAACUCACUCUAUCCAAACCAAAGAAACCAGUUGCCAGUGCUCGCUCACGCAAAAGCACUAACGGGACUAAACGGCCGAAGAAACGCAAACGGGGCAAUGACAGCGACAGCGAGGUCAUCCGGGCGGGCGACUCGAGCACAGAUGAGUCGGAUGUCGCGCCCAUCACCACGCAGACAAAGUCUGGCCGACAGGUGAACCGACCCUCAUUGUACGUGCCCCCGCCAGCGUCAUCGCCGAGCGUCUUAAAGGAAAAUAAUCACAGUCAUCCGACAGACGGGUCGGACAACACACACACCCCGCCUACGGCAGCCACUCGAAAACGAAGGCGAGUGUUCCGCAGAGGAAAGGAUACCAUCAUCACUUGUGUCCAUUGUCAAAGGGGGCACAGUCCACUCAGCAAUAUGAUUGUCUUUUGCGACGAGUGCAACAGUGCAUGGCACCAGCUGUGUCAUGACCCUCCCGUCGCGGCGGAAGUUAUUGCUAUUAGGGAGAAGGAAUGGUUCUGUAAGGACUGCAGGCCGAUCCAGAUUGGCAUUACACAACCGACGGUGGUUAGAAGCAACCCGAGCAUGGGCUUGCAAUCUGCGCAGACCCGGCCUCCCGUUCACCUUCCUCUGGUUCUUCCGAAGACAGAAGUCGGAGGGGAAGGCUUCUCGGAGGACGAGCGGAGGGGGUAUCUGUCAACAUUUUCGCAUGCUGCCCUUGUUGAGCUACUUGUCACAAUAUCAAGUAGUCACCCUACCCUACCAUUGUUCCCCGAGGAUCUGAAAACAUCACAAUCCUCAAAUUUUUCUUUCUUGCCAAAGCCGGCCGCGGCGCUCCCAGGGAGUCUACCCUUGGGCAGCUCUACUACUCACCCUACAUCCGCUGUACAAAACGGCAUAUCAACAAUUAAUGCCCACUCCAUACCCCCAUUUCAAUGGGAAGCGGACAAUUCCGAUGAUGAAGUGGGAUAUGAAGUCGAAGAGCACCGUCUAUAUCCGAGAGCCGGGAACGGAUUCAAGCUUCCAUUCGAUACCAAAGACAUGGACAUAAUGCGCGAGGACGUUGCCUGUCCGACUUUUAGCUACACGUUGCAU